ACGAAACCAGUCGCAGACCCACAAAAUCGACUUGAAAGCAGUGCAUCCCGCACCAUCCCGCACCUCUUGCACCGAGGGCUCUGGGUAUUGAGCCUUCAACUUAUUUAACAUACAUUCUUAAUGCCAUUUGUCCCUGCAGCACCAUGCUCAAAACGGUGUCUUGCCGAGAGAAUCGGCCAGCUCUGCAGCAUGCGCGUGCGCGACGCCGGCCGGUGUGCCGCGCCGCGGCGCAAACACCCCAUUCACUAGCAGAGGAGCUACAAGCAGCGCGCGACACGUACAGGAGCCUUGCGGAAGCGGCGCGGGUAGAAACGUCGCUUGACUUGCGGCAAACGGAUGGCGUGUCAGCGGGGCUGGGGUUAGCUGCCACCCGGCCUCACGCCAAGAAUGAGGUACUCAUGCGUGUGCCGCGCUCCGCUGCCAUCGUGUUGGACUAUGACCGGGGCCUUUCCAUGCCGCCUGCCCGCUGGCCCAGGCUCCGCGGCGGUGCGUCAUCGAGCAUUGACCCGUUGCCCUGGGACAUCCUUCAAGCUCUGGCACUCGUUGACGGCCUAGCGGGCGACGGCGGGGAGUUCUGGGCGCGCUACUGUGACGUGCUGCUGCCGGCGCCCGAGCGCCUGACGCUGCCCAUGUGCUGGGAACCGCAGCGGCUGGCGCAGCUGCAGCAUCGGGACAUUGCCACGGCAGCGGAGGCGCAGCAGGACCGGCUGAUGGGGCUGUUCCCGGAGCUCAUGGAGCCGCUGGCGCCGGACGUGCCGAGCUGGUUCCAGUGGGCUUUCGCAUGUGUGCGCAGCCGAGCCUUCAGGGCGGGACCCGACGCCUUCGCCUUCGUGCCCUUCCUGGAUCUAGCUAACCACGCCGACGCACCGCAGGCGGUGCCGCCAGGGCCCUCUGGUGCUUCUGGUGGUGCGGCCACUCCGGCGCCUCCCUCCAACCAGGUCGCGAACGCGGAUUUCCGGGCCUCUCCGGCCGGCGCCGGUUCGGGCGAGGCGGGAGCGGGGGAGUACUUUGAGCUCUACGCGUUGAGAGACAUCGUGGCCGGAGAAGAGGUGACCAUCAGCUAUGCCGGCCCUGAGGGCUACACCAACCAGCGCUUCAUGGCGCAGUACGGGUUCGUGCCGGUGGGCGGCAACGCCGCGGACCGCGUCAAACUGGAGCUGACACCAGAGAUGCAGUCUGCGCCCCUGGACCUGGAGGUGCUGCAGGAGCUGCUGGGGGAUGCGCUGUUCAUGUCCGCCCUGCGCGGCACCGACCCCUACCUCACCGCCGCGCUCAAGUCGCUGCCGCUGGUGGACGGCGGCGGUAGCAAUGGUGUAAAGGCAGCGACGGCUGGGAGCGUGCGCACGGCGCAAGCGCUGCUGCAGCAAGUGGAGGCGCAGAUUGCUGAGGGCACCACCACCCUGGAGGCCGACGAGGCGCUGCUGGGCGGUGCGGAGGGCCGGGCGCUGGCCGAGGCCGACCCGCGCCAGGCGGCGGCUGUGGCGUACCGCGUGGAGCGCAAGCGGCUGCUGGACAAGACGGCGGCGCUGCUGCGGGCGUAUGCACGCCGGUAGCGUCACAGCGACGUGGCGGGCAGGGGUGUCCCUGGUGGCGGGAGGCGAUGGCGGCUAUUGCAGUGGGGUUGGUGGCGUGGCGCGUUGCUGAGGGAGAGGGGCAACGGAGGGGCGGAGAGAGGGUAGGCAGUGGCUUCAAGGCGGCACGUCAGGUGUACGUGGAACAUUGGUAACGCUGCGGUCACACGCUGGUGAAGGCUUUGGGCAAACGGCUGGGCGGUCUCGUUUGUUUGCUACGGAUGUGGGCCAAGACCCAUGACUUGGUAGGCAUCCUUGAUGCUGCAGUCCCUGGCUCCAAGUGCAAGUAUAGCACUAUAGCCCCUGCGGACUCGACGUAUCCCCUGGAACAUUUGUGGCUAAGCCCUUCACGGCUGUUCAUGUGCAUCUCGUGACCUCACA